AUGAACAUGAGCUCUCCGCCACCUCAAACACCGGCGUCUGCAAAUCGAAUGCAUCAGCAUGGUUCGUCGGUGUCUCCUUUGACAUCGCCUUGUCCUUCACGCAGAGCCACCAUCACUCGAAAGCGGCCAGCAGAGGAUAAUUCACAGUUUGCUAAUGCUAUAGCUCGCUCCAUAAAGCUCCAGAAGACGGAUCAUGAUGAACUUAUUGUCUUUUCCAAGCUUUCACCUGCUGAGCAGAGCAUCUGGCUUGCUGCUAGAUCCCUCAAGCUUUCGGAGCAACAAACAAAUCUGAAUCCUCCCGACCUUCAAGUUGUCUACAAUAUUCCUAAGAAGAUUGAGUCAAAGAUCGUCCAGCAGUCUUCAAUUAUCAUAAUGGACCCAAGCAUUUCGGCUUACCUUACUGGCGAGGUUCCUGUUAAGAUACUUCUGGAGCUUUUCGAGAAGAACUCAAGUUGGGGGCUCGACGCCACCAUCCAAGAGGACAAAUCAAAGUACGACACUAUUGUCAGCCGCAUCCGCAAGAAGUUUACGGGACAUCGGAACAUCAUGAAGGUUGUGAUUGGCGGCUCGCUUGGAAAGGUGGACUCAACGGAUGAGCUCGGAAAGCGACGUAUUGACGCACAGAACAUCGUGGAUCUUUGUGAUGAGAUAUUAGUCAAGUCCCACAAGAAGUCAAAGCUUGUAGUCACUGUUCCGUUGUGUGCCAGGGUUGCGUAUCUCCGCGCCAUGUAUACCGAGCCGCGAACUUUCUCUAUCAAAGAUCAGAAAGAGCUGACCUAUUGGGAAGAUGUCGACCUUGAUCUCUCUCGGGCACGCACAGCAUACGACACACCGAAGAAGCUUUCGAAAUACUUUGCCAUCAUCCUGAAAAGGGACCGCGCCCUCUACGGUGAUACCAAUCUCGACAACCUUCCGACAGAAUCUUCUUCUGCUGCUGCUGGAGCGCCUCCUGCCAUGCCUCCUCAAACUCCGACUGCCGCGCCUCAAACUCCUGCUGCCACUCGCCCUGCCACAACCACCCCUUCUGCAGACAGUGGAUCUGAGGCCUCACCUUAA